CAUCUAGUGAGCGCAUCUCGAAUGGCGUCGAGUUGUUAUUGUUGAAAGCGUUUAAUAAUUUCUUUAAGGAUUAUGAGUGUUUUUAUGAAGUUUUUAAAAGCCUUCUUGCAAAUUAGUGAUCCUAAAGUAUACUAGUACAAGUGCAGAGGAGAACUUUCCGGCUGGAUUGGCUUUUUGAGUGUCAAAAGUAUGUCACAGAGAAUCGGGUUGAUGUAAAAACUUCGAUAAUCGGAAUGUGACUCCCACCAAGGAUGGCAGCAGACAGUGAUGGCUGCGAUUUAACGACAAUAGUCACAUGCGAAGGCAAUCUAUCAGACCCUGACUUCGCAAAUCGCUUCAACUCUGUCGUCGGCAAACUGAACGGUAUUCUGGGAGACGUCGUCAAAGUACACAAGCUGGAGCCCUGGAAUUCAGUGCGUGUAACGCUGUCUAUUCCUCGGGAAGCAGCGUUACGUCUCAGGAAGCUGGCCAGCGAGGGCUCGGCCCAGCUCCGGAAUCUGGGGAUCCUCAGUGUGCAAGUGGAGGGCGAUCAAGUCAUCUCCUUGCGCAUCGCCAACUCCGUCAACGCGGAGCCCCAAGAAAUCCGGCUCCAAACCGCUCAAGAUGGCAGCAGCGGCAGCAGUCAAGUUGAAGGUCCCCUAUCCCGAUUCUUGGCGCCCGCCGCCGAACCAGAAAAGGUGCAGUUCAAAUCACCCAACGUGGUGUGUCCCGCCGACAGUGUGGUACCCAAAGUGCCCGUCAGUGUGGCAGCGACGGUUAGCAGCACGCCUCCGACCACGAAGGGCUACGGGGGACCGUUUCCCUUCACCAGCAUGAAUCAGGCGAUCCACAGUCAAGGGAAUUACGUCACUCCACCGCCCCCCUAUCCUGGAAAACACCCCGCAGUGACUAUCUCCAGCCCCCUUCUUGUGAAUCUGCUACAGAAUGAUGGAGCAACGUCUCCGAAAACGACAGAUACUCCAGUGACAAGUGCAGUGAAAGCUAACAGGACGGUGAAUUCGUUUGUGCAAAAGCCGAACUUGCCUCGAACUAUUGUGGCCAAUAGGACGGUGCCAGUGCAGAAGAACACCAAACCUCAGGCAAACACGUCAUCACCAAGCGCCUUAUCAAAUACUUCCAUUAGGCAAAAUAGUAAACCGAACAGUACAAUUACUCUACCACCGUAUCCCAAUAACACGGCGACGACUCAUCUGCCUCCGCCGCCUCCCUACUCGGUGGCGGUCAACCGCCAAUGGGACUCUGUAGUACAAACAUCGCCAUUCAUGGACUUAACUCCCUCGCUUACCGACUUGAAAGCCGACGAUUUGGAACAUCUACUGCCGACUCUGGAACGCGAUCUCGCCCGGAGUCCGCCGGAAAUCCCAGAGGAGUUAACCCAUUCGGAUGACAAACGGAACUUUCUCAUCAAUCCUCUAACGGGGGAGUUGGAGCCACAAUCGAGCGGUGAGAGCGACACCGAGGACCUGGGGGACGUCUUCACCGGACUACCAUCUCCGGCUGCCCUUUCCGACGAAGACACCAAUUCGACGAUUCGACCGGACACGACGGAUCAAAGUGACAGUGAAACGCGUUCCUCGCAUAGUGACAGUGGCAAACAUUCGCGAAUCAAAUCGAAAACGGCCCGAGAUCGAGGCCGCGACUCUCCGAAUCUAAAACCGACGGAGAAAAUCAAACUUCGACUCAAAUUGGAAAAAUCCGAACCGAUUAAUUCGGCGUAUAAAGUCGACGUUAGUUUCAUUCAACAGCCAAAGAAGGCGUCCACGUCCGUCGUAGCUUCAUCACCGGGCGAAGAACUCCGAGUGCCCCCUUUACACAUCUCGUUACGUGGCCGUCAUCACGCUUUCAUCACCAACAAGAAGAAGAAACUCAAUUCGGACAAGGCGAAAAUGCGUAAAAACCAGGUGAAGAAAAUCACCGAUCCACAUAGUGCAAUAAAUGAAGAGACCGACGACAAGAAGAAGAAAUUCAAGUCGAAUCAUAUCCACGAUUCGGAUCUUAUCUCCAAACUCGUCAUUCAUAACAAUUACAAAGAGAAACAGAAGGAGCGAAGAGGAAGCGACUCGGAAUUGACUCGCGCCAAUCUCAAAUUUGUCGAUAGUAAUGGAAUUACUUCCGUGGAGAAGAAGCGGCGGUUGAGUCAGUCCGAACCGGGUCUCGAAUCAGAACCGCCGAUUUUGGGCUCAACCAAUAUCGGAACAAUUGCGAGUCUACCGCAAAAAUCGCGYAAAGACAAGAGCAAAGUCAAYGAGAUGUUCAAGAGCAAAGAUGUAGUCAGGACAAAGAGUUUUAGUAAGAGUUUGGGUGAAAAGUUUACGAAACAGGUGGCGUUGCCGACGGGUGAGAUCGAUAUGGGGGCGAAGUUUAAGCAGAGUAUGAUGGAAGGAACGGAAAAGGGGAUUCCCAGGCCACCGCAUCGGACAGAAAAUGUACAUGAAAUCGUUGCGGAGAAUAAGAAAAACGAAAAGGCUGAUCAGAUUAUAAAGGUGGAGUCGGAACCGCCCCCCUUGAAGGAGAAAUCCCCCGAGCCGGACAAGUGCAACACUCCUGAUCGCAAACAGGGCGAUUUGGGCGACAAACAGGCGGGCCGUUCGCCGAAUUCGGGCGCCCAAGGUGAAGACAGUGGCAUCGAAAGUAUGGACGCUUUAAGCGAGAAAUCGCCGAAUCAGGCCAGCCAAAGUCCACACGCCGACAUUCCCGAACCAAUCAAAUCAAAAACACAAGUGCCUGACAUGCCUCACAUGCUCGACAUUGAAGCCCAAUUGGCAAAAAUGGAAGGUUUGAACGGCGUUGAAGACAUGAACGAGAACCAACCGAAACAGUUGGGCCAAUGUUGUGAAUUGACGUCGGCACUGCAAGAUAGUCUCAAACAGGGGGCUGUCAGUCUGUCAUCGGUCAACCCGACGAGUCCUCUUGCGGUGAAAGAACCACUCCAGCCGGCGGAAGUCAGUCUGGUUCCGGUCAAGACAAAGACGAAAGAAGAUGAUUUGGAGCCGCUUCCGGUCCGAGUAACGCCGCCUCUCUAUACUUAUUCGAAUCCGGAUAAAGGGCGCGGAUCCGAGAGUCCAACAAUGUCUGACGAAGACAGCAAUUCAUGUUCUAAUAUCCACAAAACGAAAAGUCUCCUCGAACAGCUCCUUAUUGAGAUUCCGGAUAAUCAAACGCCGAGUUCGCCGAGUCCGGCGACGCGUUCGGUCCGAACAAGAGCCCUCUCGAAGUUGAGCAGUCCCGAAUUGAAUUCGCCGGUUUCGGCGGCGAUCAAAUCGAAUCGCGUCGCGACGCCUGCCGCGAAAAGGAAACGACACGAAUCGGACAGUUCCAACAAUAGUAUAGAGGAUGCGCGAAGCAAAAAGACGAGGAAAUGCUCUGAAAAUGCGGUCGAAUUGAUCAAGGCGUGCAUUGGUGUCGAAGCGACGAAAGCGAAUAAUGUUAAAAAGACGGGAAAGUCGCAAGAUGAGAGUUCGGAUAGUGAUGAGCCGUUGAUAGAAAAAGUCAGAAAGACGGCGACGGCGAAUAGUGUGGGGGGAAAAAAAGCCAAAAGUGGGAAUGGGGUCAAGGGGGUUGCAGUGACGACGAGAAGGUCGGUUAGGACAGCGAUUCCGGCGCCGAAUACGAGGAGUAAAGGGGAUAAAGUCGGGGUGGAUUCAGAAGCACUGAGGAGGAAGACCAGGAGUGCUGUGUCGGAGGGCGACAGCAAACGCAAGAAAGAGGUAAAGUGACAGUAUCAGAGUGGCCGUCCAUCCGACGGUCUCCAAUUACUAGAAACAGAGCCUCUCAAUAGGCCCCCAUACGUAACAGUGCCCAUACUGCAGCCCCAGCCUUGAACACCUAUAUUUUGAAAAAUAAAAAAAAAUAAAACAGCAGCCACAGCCAUGUCACCGUUACUGUACAGAUUGUGAUAUACCCACUAUAAUAUUGUAAAUAGCUAGGAUCAAUUAUUGUAAAUAGAAGAGAGGAAAAAAGAGAGAAAGCAGUGUCACAAAGUCACACCCGUUUAUAUAAAUGUAAUAUAAUGUGGUAUUUUCCAUACGAGCUAACGCAUAUAUAAUACAUAAUACAUACUAUUCUUUACUAUUGUUUGCAUUUUACGUAGAAAAACAUCAAAUAUCUCACGAUUGUAUGUACAUUGUAUGAUUAUUGUAAAGUUGUUGACAUAUUGUUUACUUUUAGCUUAGUUGUAUCUGUUUUUCUUUUAUUAUUAUUGAUUUUUUAAUUAUUAUUUAUACCACAAAGCCUUGUAGGAUAUGUUUCUUGUUUCUUUACGUAAAAUACAAUGACUUGUAAUGUUCUUAAUUGUAGAUUUGUGGAAAGGUUGAUGAUUAUAAACUAUGCAUUGUUAAAUAGAAAUAUCUUAAUAUUUAUA